AUGUCUGCCGGUGGUGACCAUCUCAAAGAUGAAGGUACAAAGCGCCAGGUCGUCCUGGCCGGCGGCACCGCAGGGCUGAUCUCCCGUUUCUGCAUUGCGCCGCUGGACGUCGUCAAGAUUCGUCUGCAGCUGCAGAUACACUCCCUGUCUGACCCGGUCUCACACCGGACGGUCGUCGGACCCGUCUACAAGGGCACGCUGUCCACGUUGAGGGCGAUUGCGCGGGAGGAGGGAAUCACGGGUCUUUGGAAAGGCAAUAUCCCCGCCGAGAUGAUGUAUGUCUGCUAUGGCGCCCUCCAGUUCACCGCAUACCGUGCUACAACCCAAGCGCUGGCCGAAUUACCAUAUCGCCUCCCUCCCUCCGGUGAAUCAUUCGUCUCCGGUGCCGUCGCGGGCGGUCUUUCCACGGCUACCACAUACCCGCUCGAUCUCCUGCGUACACGGUUUGCAGCGCAGGGUCCGGAACGCAUCUAUCGCUCGUUGUUCGGCUCCAUCAAAGACAUUGCGAAACAUGAAGGCCCCGCGGGUUUCUUCCGCGGUUGCUCCGCCGCCGUGGCGCAGAUCGUCCCCUACAUGGGAUUGUUCUUUACCGCGUACGAGGGAUUGAGACCGACAAUGGCGCACUUUGACUCCCUGCCUUUCGGCACAAACGAUGCCGCGGCGGGCGUCGUGGCCAGUGUACUCGCCAAGACCGGCGUCUUCCCACUUGACCUAGUGAGGAAGCGGUUGCAGGUGCAGGGCCCGACUCGCACACGCUAUGUGCAUCGCAAUAUUCCGGAAUAUAAUGGGGUUAUCAGGUCUAUCACUAUGAUCUUGCGCACACAAGGUGUGCGAGGGUUAUACCGUGGCCUGACGGUGAGCUUGUUGAAAGCGGCGCCAGCGAGCGCGGUGACGAUGUGGACCUACGAACGGGUUUUGAAGUUGCUCCAAGAGAUGGAGUUGGAAGCAUUGGGUUGA